UCGAUUUCUCGAUCUCGCCGCAGUGCCGAUAAUUGUGUUAUUUUCGAGUCGCUGAAAAGGCCGAAAAAGUGUGCUUGCUUGUAACCAGAAUUUCAGCUGGCCAACGGGGAUCGACUCGAAUUGGCCUUGACUUGUGUGGGGUUAAGCUGGCUAACAGAAACGAGCCCAAAAAGCCCGAAAAGCAACGUGAAAAAGGUGAAAAAAACGGAAAAGGUGAAACUGUCUUGCUGGCUGGUGUGCGUUGGUAUGCGUGUGUGCCAGUGUGUGUGCGGCGGUGUGUGCAAUUUUUUCAUCAUCAUUCCAGUCCGCGUGUGUUUUUUUGUGUGUAAUUCCCGCGAGAAUUUGGCCAAAUCCUGCGUUUCAGCAAUUCCUUUUAAAUUAUUUAAAUUAUUCAAAACAUUUCUGCUUUUGACGAGCAGGAUUUGUAUAAGAUUCAGGAUAAAGGACCUAAACGGCUUCUCAAGGCCGUACAAUUAUGGGUUUAAAUGCCAAGAGUGUUUGUUCUACCAGCAGCACUGAGCCAAAUGGCAGCAUAGUCACAACCGCCCCCAGCAACGGAGAAGCCAGCAGCAGCAGCAUUGUCGUCGUCGUCAGCAGCAGCAGUAGUAAUAGUAGCAGCAGCAGCAGCUUUAGCCCAAUCCCAAUUCCAAACCCAAUCCAGCAGCAAAAAGAAGAGCUACCGGGAACCUCAGCAGCUUCCAAAAAAGUCGAGAUGUGCUCAUGUGAUAACCAGAACCUUGCAACAUCAACCACAGCCACAACUUCCAUUGGCAAUAAACGUAAACGGCGUUUAAGCAGCUACUCAAACGAUGAUGCUAAGGACCCCGAACUUGGUUUUGAGCCUCCAUCGGCCAAGCGCCAGCAGCGAUUGCCCGCUCUGUACGGCAGCGACCAGAGCAACCUCUCGUCGGUGGCCUCCUCGGUGUACACCUCGCCCGGCCAGAGCACCCAGGAGCUGCUCAGCAUACGCAGCUCGCCGGCCGAGGAGUUGCCGGAGGCGCCACACAGUCCGCUGCCGGACAGCCCGGACAGUCCGCCCAGUCCGGACCGUGGUGCCAAGCAGCCGCCCGUCGUGGUGCGUUACGGAGUGGAGCAGGUGGUGACCACCACCAUUACCACCACCGCCACCACCACUGUGGUCACGCAAAAGGCGGAGGAGGAUGACCUUCUGGACGACAGCUGCGAGGACUACUCCUACGACGAGGAUGAUGGCGAGGAGGAGGAUGAGGAUGAGGAUGAGGACGAGGAGAUCUACUCGUCUACAAUUUCGCCAGCCUCCUCGGACUGCAGCCAACAGCAGGCGGAGAAUGGUCAGCGAACUCCGGGUCUGCAGCAGCCGAUGCAGCAUCCGGUCAGUGACCACCUUAUGAUCAAUAUGAUGGCGGCUCCGGCCAAGACGAUCGCCCUGGACGAUGCGGCCGCGUUCAGUUGCAUGUCACCGGCGGUGGAGAACGCCCUGCGCCAGUGUCCCCUGCCCGCCCUAAAUUGGGCCAAUGCCGCCGAUGUGUGGCGUCUGAUGUGCCAGCGGGAUGAGCAGGACUCGAGCCUGCGCAGCAUUUCUAUGCUGGAACAGCAUCCGGGGCUGCAGCCGCGCAUGCGCGCCAUCCUCUUGGACUGGCUGAUCGAGGUGUGCGAGGUGUACAAGCUGCAUCGGGAGACCUUUUACCUGGCCGUCGACUAUCUGGAUCGCUAUCUGCAUGUGGCGCGCAAGGUGCAGAAGACGCAUUUGCAGUUGAUCGGCAUCACCUGCCUGUUUGUGGCCGCCAAGGUGGAGGAGAUCUAUCCGCCGAAGAUCGGGGAGUUCGCCUAUGUGACGGACGGGGCCUGCACCGAACGGGAUAUCCUCAAUCACGAGAAGAUCCUGCUGCAGGCCCUAGACUGGGACAUCAGUCCCAUCACCAUCACCGGCUGGCUGGGUGUCUAUAUGCAGCUGAAUGUGAACAACCGCACGCCGGCCUCCUUCUCCCAGAUUGGAAGACAAAAGGCCACCGAGGCGGACGAUGCGUUCAUCUACCCGCAGUUCUCUGGCUUCGAGUUUGUGCAGACCUCGCAGCUGCUGGAUCUGUGCACCCUGGACGUGGGCAUGGCCAACUACUCCUACUCGGUGCUGGCAGCAGCAGCCAUCAGUCACACCUUCAGUCGCGAGGCCUCUCUGCGUUGUUCUGGCCUGGAUUGGCAGGUGAUUCAGCCCUGCGCCCGCUGGAUGGAGCCCUUCUUCCGGGUCGUCUCCCAGAAGGCCACCUACCUGCAGCUCAACGAGCAGAACGAGCAGGUCAGCAACAAGUUCGGCCUGGGCCACAUCUGUCCCAAUAUUGUCACCGACGACUCGCACAUCAUCCAAACGCACACCACCACUAUGGAUAUGUAUGACGAAGUUUUGAUGGCCCAGGAUGCGGCGCAUGCGAUGCGUGCUAGGAUUCAGGCUUCUCCGGCUACCGCGCUGCGCGCUCAUGAGAAUUUGCUGACCCCUCCCGCCUCUAGUCACAAGCCGGACGAGUACCUGGGCGAUGAGGGGGACGAGACGGCGGCCAGAAGCGGCAUCACCUCCACAUCCACCUGCAACACUGCCAGCAGCAAUAGCAACUGCAACAACAGCAACGCCAUCAGCAGAAGCAGCAGCAACAAUCCUGUGACCAGCUGCAGCAGCAGGAGCAAUCGCUGAGAGAUUGGCACCCAUGAUCUUGGCCAUCAUCCUCUCUCUCACAACUCACCACACACACACCCGCCCAAACAGUCUCUACGUUAAGUGUUUCUUAUAUUUAAAUUAUUUUUGUUAAGUGAAAAGUUAUUAGUUGCCUAAUUCCUAUGCUAAACACACACACAUAUUUAAUUUGAAAUUUUCCACGCGCUUAUGUUUCUCAACUCGCGAUAUAUUCACUUUCCUCGCUCAGCUUAAUAUUUAAUUUUGUGUAUUUAUAGAAAAUCAGAAAUAUAAUUUUAACUGUACACUAUCUAUAAAGCACACAAACAUAUAUAUAUAUAUAUAUAUCUAUAUAGAUAUACAUCUAGAGUAUAGCAGACAAGGCAAAACUGAAUUAACCAUUAGACUAAUACCUGCUGAAAAGGGAGCAUAACAAAAGCCAGAAAAAAAUUGUGCACUGGUCACAAACUUUGCUGGCGCCUCAAAAAUUAAACAAACAAAACAAUGUUCGCAUCCAGAGCAGAGCAGAGUACUUGACUAACCAACUAAAAUUAGCUUAUAAGUCGAGGGAACUAAAACGACUAAUGCUGAACCCUGCAUUUCAUUCGAUAAUUAACCCUACUAACAAUGAAUCAAACAAACACUGGACAACAAGUCCAUAGCUGACAUGGAGUGACAAAGAAAAUGGCAACCGAUGAAUUAAUGAGUUAUAUAACAUGAAUUGAACGCACAGAACAGAACAGAACAGUACAGAACAGACUAUAUAAACAAAAAUACAUGUAUGAAUAUAUAUGCGUCAUUGUACAUUUUUUUUUAAUUUAGACUAAUUUGCCAUAAUUUGCUAAGCAAAUAAAUCCUGUACAUAAAGCAAAACACACACAAAACGCACAAAAACAAGAAUUAACCAUAACUGAAACGCAUAUAAUAUAUUAUUAUAUAAGUGUACAAUUCUCUAUAUAUGGCUUCUUACAAUAAUGUUAUGUACAUUAAAAUGGCAACAACGCAAAGUAGAAAAUUAUUAUUAUUCGCUAAUUUAGGCAUAAAUAACAUGUAAGUGUUCAUACAAUUAAGGCUGGAAUGAAAACAGAAAACCAACAAAAAACAACAACUAAAAGAAAAAGCAAACAAAAAAAAAACU